UCCUCUUCCGUCUUUGAUCAGCCAGCAGCCGCACAAGCAAGGCACCAUGAAGGUUUUGGCACUUAUCCUUCUGAGCGUAGCCCUCGCUGCGGCUCACAUCCAAGAAGACGGGGGUGCCGUCGGACUGGGGGAUUACGUCGAGCCGGCUUACGGGCCAGCCGGGCCGGCCGGGACGGCCCCAGAGGACGUCCACCACCACGAGGAGCACCACGAGGACCACCUACCCCAUGAGGACCACCACCACCAUGAGGAGCACCUCCACCAUGAGGAGCACCUCCACGACGACUACCACCACCACGAGGACCACCACCACCACGUCGAGGCCAUCGCCCCGCCCGCCGACGUGCACCCCGUGGAGCCUCCCAGCCCGCACAUCGUGGCCAAGAGCGAGGCGCAGCUGACGGGCGUGACCAUCCACAAGGCCGUCAAGGUGGCCGUGGCCCAGCCCGUGCCCGUGCCCGUGGUCCGAGACGUGCCCGUGCCCGUCAAGGUGGGCUACAGCGUGCCCGUGGAGCGGCCCUUCCCCGUGUACGUGCCCAGGCCCUACCCCGUGCACGUGGACCGCGCCGUGCCUUACCACGUGGUCCGCGAGGUGCCCGUGCCCGUGGAGGUGGUGGAGCACGUGCACGUCCCCGUACCCCACUACGUGCCGCGCUACCGGCCCGUGCCCGUGCCCCACUACCUGCACAAGCCCGUGCCCGUGCCCGCGCCCUACCCCGUCACCGUCAUCGUCAAGGAGCACAUCCACAAGAAGGCCGGAUGGCUGUGGUAA